UCUGCUCGAUUCUGACACGAGUCCACGAAUUCACUUCCAGCCUCACGGAGCAUCGCUGUAGCGACAAGAAACAGCCAGCUGACUUCGGAAGGGACUCCAAAGCAAACCAUUUACAACAAACCACCUCCGAGCCUCCGAGAUUCUUAGCCUCCCAGCUUCCGACCUCCGACGUCCGACCUCCGAACCUCCGCACCUCCGCAUAGCUUCGGAGCCUCCGAGCCUCGGAGUCUUUAAGCAUGGCCAGCCACAGCCUUCUCGAGGCCUUCUCCCGUUCCUUCGCCCCUGUUCUCGCUGCCCCCUCAGCCGUCCAUGCAGCGGCUGCCAUCUCAGCCGUUGCCGAAUCCGCGUUUGCUUCGACGGCAUCUCGCAUGCUCUCGUCUGCUGCCGGCUCUUCCGAAGUUACAUCCUCGCCGCAUUCCCAUCGCUCUCCCUCCCCUCAAUCUCUCUCUCCUCACUCUCCCUCCCCUCGAUCUCCCUCCCCUCUCUCGCCCGCGAGCUCUGACCGCGCUCUCUCAAGCAGCAGCGCCGCACCACCGUCCUCCCGUCCGUCGCAGCAGCCGCUGCCGCAGCACAAGGGCCUGCCGCAGCUGCCGCCUCCCCCUGCCGUGCCGCAACGGCGGGUCGUUGUGACAGGCAUUGGCAUGGUCACUCCUCUAGGAUCAACUUCAUCUGCCACGUGGCAGCACCUGAUUGGAGGAGAAAGCGCCAUUCGAGCCCUGACCCCAUCAGACAUAGCCAUACCUGGCAUGUCUGACACCCUUGCUGCUGCUCUGCUCUCCCAGCUCCCCUCUCGCAUCGCUGGUGUUGUCCCUCCUGUCACAACCCUUCCCGACCCUCCUACUGGGGAUGCUGACGCGCCCAACACAGCAACGGCUUCUGCUGCUACCAGUGGUGGUGGUGGUGCUGUUGGUGCUGCUGCCAGUGCUGCUGCUGGUUUGGAGGGAAUGCCUCGGUUUGUGCAGCAUGCGAUACGAGCAGCAGAUGAAGCGAUGAGGGAUGCGCGGUGGAUGCCAGAGGAGGAAGACGACCGCGUGAGAACGGGAGUGUGUGUGGGAGGAGGCAUUGGCAGCAUUAGUGAGGUAGCAGCGGCAGGCCACCUUCUAUUUCAGCAGAAGAUGAGACGCAUCUCGCCGCACUUUGUGCCGCGCAUUCUUAUCAACAUGGCAGCUGGGCACAUCAGCAUUCGACACCGGCUGAAGGGCCCCAACCAUGCGUCAGUCACAGCGUGUGCGUCAUCAGCCCAUGCCAUCGCAGACGCCUUCCGAUUGGUCCGUUCCGGCACUGCUGACGUCAUCAUUGCAGGUGGCACAGAGGCCUGCAUUGACGCCCUCUCACUCGCUGGCUUUUCCCGCAUGCGGGCUCUCAGCACACGGUACAACGAAACACCGCACCUUGCCUCCAGGCCAUUUGACAAGGCCAGAGAUGGAUUUGUAAUGGGGGAAGGCGCAGGCGUGUUGGUCCUUGAAGACCUAGAACAUGCGGUGCAGCGCGGUGCCAGGAUGUAUGCAGAGAUUAGAGGAGCGGGCAGCUCAGCAGACGCCUUCCACAUCACGCAGCCGUCUCCGUUGGCUACUGGCGCAGUGCUGUGCAUGCGCGCUGCUCUCAAAGAGGCUGGUCUAGAGCCAUCUGACAUUGGUUACGUGAAUGCGCAUGCCACAUCCACUCCUCUUGGCGAUGAGAUAGAGGCGCUUGCCUUGAAGAGUGUGUUUGACCAGCACGUGCUCUCAGGAGCCCUGGCUUUCUCGUCCAGCAAGGGAGCGCUGGGUCACCUGCUGGGGGCUGCAGGGGCGGUGGAGGCUGCAAUCACUGUAAUGGCGCUGCACCAUGGCAUCGUACCUCCCAACGUCAAUCUCCUCAAUCCAGACCCUGUCUUUCGUGGAAGCUUCCUGCCCACUGCAGCAGCGGCAUCAAAGCCUAUGAAUGCUGUCAUGAGUAACUCAUUUGGCUUCGGAGGGACAAAUGCCGCUCUUGUCUUCGGCCUCCCCCCACUCUCUUAGCCGGGCAUUCUGUGUUCGGAGCCACCGAAAAAUACACCAGCAGCAGCAGCAGCACGACCACCACCACUAGCAGCAGCAUCAGAAUUAGCAGCAGCAGCAGCAGUGGCAUCAAAGCGCAUGAGCGCCAUCAUGAGCAACUCGUCUGGCUUUGGAGGGACAAACCCAUCCCUGGUCCUUGGCAUUCCUCCUCUUGCUUGGAGCUAUUUCAACCUUCGGAAGUGUUGCUAAGGGCGGGUCCAAAAUGUUUGUUUCGCAAAAUACCAUACCCAACCAUUCUAGUCUGUUAUUCGAAAGCUUUGAAACGCAACGAAAGCUACUCCACCAUAAGGUCCAAUUACCGCCCAUGAAGAAAUUUUGUCUAAGGGC